GGCUGAUCCCGUUACAAUUGUUGCGAUAACCAUUAGAAUUAACCAUAUGGAUGAGAAAUCCAGACUGUGCUGCUAGAAACUUUGCCCUUGGCUUCCUGGACUGAUGAAUAGGUACUGCUCAAAUGAUAAUGCCAAGCUCAAAUGUAAUAAUCAUGAGCAGCCGCUGUUGCUGCAUGCGGCAUGCUAUCAAGACUUAAAUAAACACAAGGUCCAUUUGUACAAUACACUGCCUAGCCAAGUAAACAGACAUCAAUACGACCCUUAAAUAGAUGCAAAGACUUAAAUCGCAGCAAUUCAUAGCGCCGCCUGCAGUGAUACAAUAUCUACAUAACGAGAACUUGCACACCAAUCACAAAUGUUGAUGCACCUAGGCGCUGAGCCAGUACAAAAGCACACAGUCCUCUGUACACGAUUCCGUCAAACAAAGGAAGCGUGCCAGAACAGUCUGGAGCAAGCAUACAGAGCUGCCUUGAUGCAAUCCCCUUUCAUUCUUGCCGUAAUGUACAAAUAAAAGGGCAAACUGCAGUGCGACAUGCACUGCUCAAUACAAAGUCCUGGCAUGGAACCAGCAACAAUACACUCUUUCCCUGGGUCCAGUGAGGUACAACUCCUGAACACAAAUAUUUCAGACACCUGCAUCUGGAAGACCCAGCUGAAUAUACAUAGGCGCAGCUGCUACACAUCUGCCAGGUCUGGUAAUACAAGUCCCAAUGUUUGCACAUCCCCUGCACAUGGUACAUCAUACAACCAUAGCAAUUUCAGGCUGUGACCAUCUUGCUCGCCCAGGUCACCGCUGCCGUUCUUUUCAGCGCAUUGUCGCGCGCGCAAACCACGUGGGAAUGCCUUGACUCUCCUUUAAGAUUACUCCCAGCAAGCCGGGUGCUCUGG